AUUUUUCUGGGCAGAUAUCUGAGUCCAUGAACAAGUCUAAUCUUCUAAUGCCCAGAGUUUUUUUAAGUUGGUGUCCAGCACUUUUCUUCUACUGGGCUCUCCCAUGCUUCAACUAAUCAGAAGAAUGUAUCAUCAAAAGUUAAAUGAGAGUGGUCAACCCAUUUUCUGGGAGCCCCUUUUUAAAUGGCCACUCCAUCUCUAUAUGCAAUGUGAAAAAGUGGAUAAUCCUCAGAUCAACAGAAGCAUACUGUUUAAUCUAGUACAUUUCUCCAGAUGUGUUCUUGGAACUGGAACCAAAAUGAUACGAGAAAGAGAAUGAUACAUGAAAUUUUAUAUUUUCCGUAAUUACUAUGUUUUCUUUAUAGCAGCUUUUUGUUGCACUGGAAAUAAUAGUAGAAAUCUGGAUAUUAUGCCUCAUGCUUACUAAAAUUUGAGAAUGGGCUAAAGUAGUUAUAAUUUAUGACACAUGAGUGUGAUAAGGCCUGCUAUACAUUUAAAGCAAAACCUUUAUUUAUUUAUUUUUAAGAAACUCAAUCCAGAAAAAGCUCGAGUCCUUUGUCUUUUUGUUAAAAACUGACAGCAUGUAAUCAUUGAUUCUGUUAUCUUUGUAUCAACACACUUCCUUAGCUAAAAAAGAAUGCUUUCUUUUGAGCUCAAGAAUUUUGUGGUAUCACCUUCUCUGGUAGCCAAUUACUGGAAGAAGCAUCCACUUUCUCUUGGAAAUGGCUCAUUUCCUCUCCACAAUACUAGUAAAUACAGUGAUGGUAAUACCACUGCGGCAUUAUCUAUAUCUUCUUCUUCAUUUUCAAUUUGGUCACUUGCCACUAAAGAGAAUACCAGCAGAAACAAUGCUGCUGCUUCUUCUUCGGACUCUAUCCAAGAACGAGAAGAAGAAGAAGAGGAGUAUAAAGUGCUGACAGCCAUGAGAAGCAGCUAUAAUGACAUUGUAAUAGUGGACACUGCUAAAGCCAGGAUGUUGCUUCUUGACUCUACUCAUAAUGUUCACAGCAUUCUCAACAAGGGUCAGAAAUGGACUGGAUCAUAUUGGGAUGAAUUUGCUAGUUUACCAGCUAUUAUUCCAGAAGGUCCUAUUGCAAUCCUUGGUCUGGGUGCUGGUACUGCUGCACAUUUGAUGCUCGACUUGUGGCCUUCAUUAGAGCUUGAAGGAUGGGAGAUUGAUCGUAUGUUGAUUGACAAAGCUAGACAGUAUUUUGGGCUAUCUGAUCUUGAAAAGCCUACUACAGCUGGUGGCAUACUCAACGUUCAUAUUGAUGAUGCUCUUUCUCCCACAGAAAAUGAUUCUGGAAAAUAUGCUGGCAUUGUCAUUGACUUGUUCUGUGAAGGAAAGGUUUUGCCACAGUUACAAGAGGUUGCAACUUGGUUGAAAUUGAAUGGUAGAUUGAUGGCUAAUGGUCGCAUCAUGGCAAAUUGUGGUGGCAUCAAUGAAAAAUCAGAUAAUGCAGAUGGCACAAUCCAUCCUGAAUCAAUUGAUGGCACUUGGAUUGAAAAUUCUACUAUCAAGACAUUAUCUGAAGCAUUUCCUGGACAAGUAAACUGGAAGAGAAUGCCAGAGACACAAGGUGCAAAUUAUCUUGCACUCACAGGACCUUUGCCAGAUUUGACAUUAUGGUCUUCUAAGGUCCCAGAUCCUUUAAGUGAAAAUGUCAGGCGAUGGAGGCCAUGUGGCUCUAUUCUGUGACAGCCAUUUGCUCUUCGACACUGUAAUACUGGAGCGAAAAUUAUGGUUUUUAGACAAGAGACUAAACAACAAAAGGUGAAACUCCCAUUAACCAGCUGAUUUAAGUUCGUCCUGAGGUGAAAUUCCCAUGAAGCAUAUGCCCAAAUUGUUUAAGUUCUUGUCAUCUAAGGAAAUGUGGGUUGACUUUGAUUUCUAAGAUGGAUGGUUUCUAUGUCAAUUGUUGUAUUCCUUAACUUGUAUAUUAGAAGUGCAAUUUGAUAGAUUUUAAAAUUUCUAUCAUCAAUAUGGAAGUUUAAGUUUCUGAGUUAAUUCUCCUGUCUCAGAGGCUUGGAACAGGACAUGAAAA